AUGAGCCAAAGAACAUCAAAGAAAUUGAUUUCUACAAAUGAAAAUAUUCUUUAUGAAUUAAAUGAUUAUGAUCGACAACGAAAACCACAAACAUUAAUCGAUGAUAAUUAUAUUCAAUGUGUUCCAGCUGAUCCUGUACUUAAAAGUCUUUCAUGUCCCAUUUGUCUCGAUUUAUUCAAUAAAACAAUGGUAACAACAACAUGUUUACAUCGUUUUUGUGCUGAUUGUAUUCAUCGUUGGCUUAAAUCUGAAAAUAAAGUUUGUCCAACAUGUCGAAAAACACUUAAAUCAAAACGAUAUCUUCGAUCAGAUGAUCGUACUGAUUCAUUAGUUGAUACGAUUAAAAAACAACAAGCAAAAACCAAUGAACUUGCACAAAUUUAUCGUGAACAACAACACGAUGAUUGA